UUAGUUAACAAUCAUGCCCGUCUUAGAAUCUUGCUGGUCCCCAAUUAUUUGGUCGAACAAUGUUAAGACUGGAAGUUAUGCGGUGGCAGCUUAUACGGCUGCCAUAUCGGUGGUAUUUAUUACUAUGAUUGCCUACAUGCUUUCGGGUGGAGAUUCGGCACAAUUGUAUUCACCACUGUUUGAAACAGACAUCAGAUCUUCCAUGCCCAUUGUGGGUGGAUUUUUUAUAUUUUAUUUUAUUAUGGUUAUUAUCUCGUCGUAUUUGGUGUACUAUGGGAUUAAGAUCAGCACAAGAGGUUGGCUUUUACCCUGGUUGAUACUUGUUGGUGUUGGCAUUUUGUUCCAGCUGGUCUUUGGUUUGUGGCUCAUUGGUGGUUAUUAUAUUUAUUUGGAACAAACAUUUUCCGCUCUUCUAUUAUUCGUUUGGAUGUCCUACAAUUUCUAUUGUUGGCUAUGUGUCUUCUCUCAAUAUCAAAUAUUUUUGGAAAUACAAAAUCCAAAUAUUGAGCUCCUAAUGCCAUAGAAAAAUCGAAU